AUGUUUAACCUCGAGGAAGCUAAGCCACCAGUGCCGUUUGGUAGAAUUUCUCCGCGAACAAGGAUUACAUCACUGCUGCAACUCCGUAAAGGAGAUCAUCUUAUGGAGGAAAGCCCUUUAGGUUACUGGCAUCACUUCAUCGUGGAGAAAGUUCGACCGAAAUUUGCUUGGGUUAUUCACAAGACUGGAGACAUGGAAACCGGAUUGCGAUCUCUAGGAGAAAGUAAUCCUAUGGGAAAAGCUGAGGUUGUUCGAACACGAUUUGUUCUCGAACCUCAACAAGUUGUCUACAGAGUUGAAUACCCUUUGAGCAACACGGAUAGCGUCGACGGAGAGGUGGUUUUUACAGCAGAUGAGGUUGUCCGACGGGCGAGAAAGCGGAUGGGAGAGAGGGAUUAUAACGCCUUUACAAGUAACUGUGAGCAUUUCUGUCGAGAAUGCAAAGCUGGAAAGCCCGAAAGCUAUCAAUCACAUGAUGUAAUUUGGGCCAUGGCGAGACUGUUGUUUGUAUCUUUUCAGGGUAUAUUUGGUGGGAUGUUGUUUUUUGUAGCUUCUGCAACAGGCUUUGUAGCUCAGACCUCAGUGUUGCUCAUUGGACAUGCAGUAGGCCUGUUUAUAGGACUAAUUCAAGAUGUCUUGUGGAUUGCUUACGAGGUAUUUCUGGCUGAUCAUGCCAAAGUGAAGGGUCACGUGACACCUGUUGAGGCUGAAAAGAUCAAAGCAAAGCGAGUGACCCCCAUAGUGUCAGGAUUUUUGGGUGGGGUGGGAGGUGCAGCUUUUGGCUUCUACAACGUCCCAAUUCCAGUAUUUGGAAGUGUCAUUGGAGCAGUGGCUGGAAACUUUUUAUGUCAAAUUUUAGGUCUUAUUAUUGGCCGCUGGGUGUCAACUCUAUUAAAGUAG